AUGGAUUUGGUACAUUUUUAUAUCGCUGGAGCCGCAUUUGCGGUCAUUGCCAUCGUGGCAUUGGUACUUCUCACUGCAUUCCAGAAGGUCAAAGUGAACACCAAUAAGUCUGUCUUUACUUACCUCAAAUUCAUUUACGUCAACUUCUUAAAACCUCACGACAAGAAGGUCGGUGGGCAGCAAGAUGCGUUGGAGAGCUUUUACAGGACUCAGGCUAGCUUCUACGAUGCCACGCGCAGUCGCCUUCUUCAUGGACGCGAAGAUAUGUUGGGUCUGGUUGCCGCGCAGCUGAAGCACAAGGUGGAGAGCAAAGAAAUCAAAUCUGGAAAGCCCAUCUGGGUUGAUGUUGGCGGUGGCACUGGCUUCAACAUCGAGGCCAUGGCAGCUUUCCUCCCCGUUGACAAGUUCUUCGACCAGGUGUACCUUGUUGACCUUUCUCCGUCUCUUUGCGAAGUGGCUCGUCAGCGCUUUGAGCGCCUUGGGUGGAAAAAUGUCACUGUUCUGUGCCAGGAUGCUCGGUCCUUCCGUCUGCCUGAGAGACAAAUUGAUCCUUUGUCAAAACAAAAUGCUACAGCUGGUCAAGCCGAUCUGAUCACUAUGAGCUAUAGUCUUUCAAUGAUCCCAGAUUAUUACAGCGUCGUGGACUCGCUUACCUCGCGCCUCAAAUCACAUGGUCUCCUGGGUGUCUGCGAUUUCUAUGUUCAAAAUAUCGUCGAUGUCUCCGCUCGCAAUUACACUGGUGGCGCCUUCAACCGCCAUGUCAACUGGCUCAGUCGUCUUUUCUGGCGUGCGUGGUUUGACUUUGACCGAGUCAACCUAGAGGCCGCUCGUCGUGACUAUUUGGAGUAUAAGUUCGGCACCGUACUGUCGGCCAGUGAGCGCAAUUACUUCCUUGGUGGUAUUCCUUAUUACAUUUUCGUUGGCUGCACUAAAGACAUUGCCUCAACUCCAUCAAGCCGAUCCACUAUCGAGAAGCUGGAUGCCAGCUUCACUGAGUCUCCUUACCUCGCCCCAGCCAACUACAAACAGGAACGCAAUCAAGCUGUGGAGCAGAGCAGCCACGAGAUUCGCUCCAAGGCAUAUGAGACAGCUGUUGUCAACCUGAGCGCCAACUUGCCCCUGCCAUCCGCCUUUUACCAGAACAAUCACUACCGGAUCCACUACAAUGAUAUGCUGGAGAAGCACACACAGUUCCAGAACGAAUACAUCUACGCUUUCACCUGGGAGGAUCCCCGCGUGGACCACCGCCUUCUCAACAUCGGACCCGAUGAUGUUAUUCUGGCCAUUACCAGCGCUGGCGACAACAUCCUGGACUACCUCCAGAAGAAACCUCGCAGAGUGCACGCAGUAGACUUGAAUCCUAACCAAAACCAUCUCCUCGAGCUCAAGGUUGCCAGCUACUCUGCCCUGGGCCACCGUGACAUGUGGAAAAUAUUUGGCGAGGGCAAGCACGCGGAAUUCCGUCAACUACUCAUCUCCAAGCUGAGCCCGCACCUCUCCAGUCAAGCUUUCCAGUACUGGCUCGAACACUCGCAGGUUUUCAGUGCCAAAUCCGGUCGUGGCUUAUAUGAGACCGGUGGUUCGCGCCAUGCUAUCAAGAUGGUACGGUAUUUGGCUAAUAUUUUUGGAUUGCAUGGUGCACUGCAAAAGCUGUGCGAUGCGCAGACUUUGGUUGAACAACGUAAGAUCUGGCCUCGUCUCCGCAGUGUGCUUCUGAGUAAGCCCUUGAAUUGGGCUAUUGUCAGCACUGAGUGGUUCGCUUGGAAGGCUGCCGGUGUGCCGCGCAACCAGCGCAAUAUGAUCGUCCAUGACUACUUCCGCCGCAAUGGAUUGGACUCUCAAAUGAAGAAUGCCAAGGAUGUUAGUGGGCAAUCGAUCUGGGAGUAUGUUGUCAACACUCUUGAUCCUGUCAUCAACGAUACACUUAUUGGCACCGACAACUACUUUUACUACCUGUGCAUCAACGGUCAAUUCUCACGACGUUGCCACCCGACCUACCUGUCACCUCAGGCACACGUUAAGCUCUCAACACCAGGCGCUUUUGAUGGCCUUCGUAUCCACACCGACGAGAUUAACGAAGUGAUCAACCGUAUUACCCCUGGUACACUGACUAUCGCCGUGGUCAUGGACUCAAUGGAUUGGUUUGACCCUAGUGGCGAGGAGGCAAUAGCUCAAGCCCGUCGCUUCAACCAGGCCCUGAAGAAGGAUGGUCGCGUCCUCCUCCGCUCCGCCAGCAUUGAGCCUUGGUACAUCAAGCACUUUGAAGAGAACGGAUUCACAGCACGUCGUGUUGGCGCCCGGUUCCCAGGAACCUGCAUUGACCGGGUUAACAUGUACGCUUCGACCUGGAUCUGCACCAAAACUGAAGAUAUUGUCCGUCCUCAGAAAGACCGUACUAUUUCUCUCCUGUCUCUCCCUGACAGUGCGGUUGCGGUCUCAAAAUCAGCCAGUCUUGAAGACUUGCAGAUUUGA